AUGACGCACAUCAAGGACAAACCCCACAAGUGCAGCCUCUGCUCCAAGUCCUUCCCGACGCCGGGCGAUCUCAAGUCGCACAUGUACGUCCACAACGGGUCCUGGCCGUUCAAGUGUCACAUCUGCUCCCGGGGCUUCUCCAAGCAGACGAACCUGAAAAAUCACCUCUUCCUGCACACCGGUGAUAAGCCGCACGUCUGCGAAAUCUGCAACAAAUCGUUCGCGCUGGCCUGCAAUCUGAAGGCGCACAUGAAGACGCACGAGGACACGGGGUCGAGCCACGAGGGCGAGUCGAACCGGAGCACUCACAGCCACAGCGAGGGCGAGGAGUCCAGCUCGUCGCCGCCGUCAUCGCUGCAGGGCAGCCAGCAAGGCGCGGGCGCCUUCGAGAAGGCCGACUCCGAACGGUUAGCUUCCUUCUCCAAGCAUCUCCUGUUCUCGAGCUACACCAAACAGAUGCUGUCCGGGGUCGGCUGA